UUAUGCACUUGUAUCCUUGCAUACAUUGCGGAAGCCAUUCCUUCCACAUCAGUCUCCUGAUCAAAAUGUCCAAGCCAAGGAGACUAGAAGGGAAGGUUGCGAUAAUAACUGGAGCAGCUAGUGGGAUUGGGGAGGCAGCUGCAAAAGUAUUCGUGGAGAAUGGAGCUUUUGUGGUGGUAGCUGACAUUCAAGAGGAAUUGGGUCUUAAAGUGGUGGCUUCCAUAGCAGGCCCUGAUCACAGAGCUAUUUACAAGAACUGCGAUGUUACGGUGGAGAAGCAGGUGGAAGAAACCGUGGCUUUCGCUAUCGAGAAAUACGGCACCCUCGAUAUCAUGUACAGCAAUGCUGGGAUCCUGGGUCCAAUGGAGAGCAUCCUAGACAUGGAAAUGGAGGAGGGCUUCGACCGAACCGUGGCCGUAAAUUUAAGAGGAUCAGCAUUAUGCAUAAAGCAUGCUGCUCGAGCCAUGGUUAAGAGACAAGUAAGGGGAUCCAUCAUUUGCACGGCAAGCUCGGCGUCCAUUCUAGGAGGGUUGGGUCCCGUCAGUUACACUGCUUCGAAGCAUGGUUUGGUGGGUCUGGUUAGAGCUGCGGCGAGUGAGCUUGGAAAGCAUGGGAUAAGGGUCAAUUGUGUUUCUCCUUACUUUGUUGCCACUCCCCUGGUGAUGCCGGGGAUGUCAGCGGUGGGGAUCGAGGAUCCGAGCGCAGCUGAAGCACUAGCAAGUUCCGCAGGCAACUUGAAAGGAAUUGCCUUGAAAGCUAACCAUGUCGCGGAGGCUGCUCUCUUCCUCGCUUCCGAUGAAUCUGUUUUUGUCAGUGGCCAUAAUUUAGCUGUUGAUGGGGGUUUCACUGUUGUUGACAAUUCCAUCGCUACGUUGAUGCAAAAUGCACAUAAAACAGUGAUGUGAUUAUCGAUCGAUAUCGCCAUUUUCUUGGUUUAUUAGGGAGAGGAGUGUUCCUGGCAUUAUUGUCCCUAGCCUAGUUGGAGUUCUUAAGUUUUCCAGUAUGACUAUUGGUUUUCACAUUUGGUUGAAAUGUUACUUCAGUUAACAAAGGACGAAAUGCAAGUGGUUUAUAGCCUGGGAAAACCAAUAUUUAGCCAUUUACCUCAAUAUUCUCAUCAAUAGUUUACAUCUUGCAACAGUACCUCGCCUAAAUUUAGGGCUGUAAACGAGCCGAAUCGAGCCGAAUAUUAGAAUACUCAGAUUCGUUCGUUAAGUUUUUUAGCGAACUCGAGCUCGAGCCGAACUCAAUGAAAAUUAUGACGAGCCAAACUCGAACCGAGCUUGCCCAGGUUUGGGUCGAACUCGAGCUUGUUUACGAGCCUUAACGAUUCAAUAAUAUCAUAUUUUUAUGUUCU